AAUGAGAUGGAGAGAUUGUUGAUCACUUGCUAUUACAUUGUUUGGUAGCUAGGUGCUCUUAGAUAUUGGUCUUCUCCUUCUUUGGGGUGUGGUGGUGAUGCGGAUGCCACACUCAAUUGUAUAGAAGUUUUCUGCUUGAAGUCUCUGCUUCUGGUUUGAUUGUUUGGAGGGUGUUGUUUCCCCACUGAUGUUCCCGAAUCAAGGUUGCGGUACAUAUCAGCAGUUCAGAUCAAAUGCCAUCACUAAAAAUGAAGCACAAUUUGAGCAUGCACUGUUUAAAAGAAAAAUAUGGUCUUCCUGUCUGCCAAAAGUCGAGUAAAGUUUCCAAAAAAUCAUGCUCAUAUGUCAGGAUUACUGAACAAACAGCAGAAUUUGACACCUGUAUUCACAAAUGUCAGGAUGUUUCUUCAAGCACCCAAGUGCCCAUUGAGAACGUUGAAAGCAAUGAAGCUACAGACUGUGCCGAAUUACCUAAUGAAGAAACUUCUCAGUUUCAGAAACAGCCAUCAUUCUUUGUAGAUUCUGCAACCAUUGAAAGAAUGGAAUCUACUCACAAUUCAAACUUAGAGACAAUUUUCUCUCCUGCUUUGGAGCCCAUUGAAAACGAUACUGAACUAAAAGCUGACGGUGAUACAGGGAAUAACAAUGAUCCUGACAUGCCAAGGUUGGGAGCUGAUGACAGUGAUGAUAAUAGAAGCUCAUCUGAUUAUCAAACUUGUGAUGUAUCAGAUUUUUAUAUAUCUGACAUGAUUGUUGCUAGCUUACCCGUCAAUGAGAAUGCUUUUGAUGGUGAUAUUGGUGAUGCAAAUUUUUUUCCUAGUUAUGAUUAUGCUGAGCCGAGUAUGUUGUUUGAUGUGGCUGAGCAAUACAUAAUGUUGCCUUUCCUUGAGGAAACUGUGAAAAUGAGCGAUAUCAAUGAUGCCCAAUCUGGUGAAGAAGCCUUAAAUGACUCAGAUAAUAACAGCUUGUACCUAGCAAUUGAUCAGAUGAGAUCCUGCAACCAGGGAUUUGAUGUUAACUCUGACUCAGAUCAGGCAGAGUGCUUUGAUCCGCAAGUUUUCAUAAAAAAUUUACCAGAACUAUCAGAUGUGGUGUCAAACUUUCAGGCAACUAUUUUGCCAAAGGAAACUCAGAACAGUAAAGCUGUAACACUAGUACUUGAUUUGGAUGAAACACUUGUCCACUCUACAUUGGAACACCGUGAUGACGCAGACUUCACCUUCUCUGUUUUCUUCAAUAUGAAAGAGCACACUGUAUAUGUGAAACAGAGGCCUUACCUCCACACAUUCUUGGAGAGAGUUGCGGAGAUGUUUGAAGUUGUUAUUUUUACUGCAAGCCAAAGCAUCUAUGCAGAGCAACUUCUUGAUAUACUGGAUCCAGAUGGAAAGCUUAUAUCUCGCCGAGUUUACCGUGAAUCAUGCAUUUUUGCAGAUGGCAGUUACACUAAAGAUUUGACAGUUUUAGGUGUUGAUCUCGCAAAAGUUGCCAUAGUUGAUAAUUCUCCACAGGUUUUCCGGUUGCAAGUCAAUAAUGGGAUUCCUAUAAAGAGUUGGUUUGAUGAUCCGUCAGACUGUGCACUAGUUUCAUUACUUCCUUUCUUAGAGACCCUGAUUGAUGCCGAUGAUGUCCGUCCAAUCAUUGCCAAGAGAUUUGGUAACAAGGAAUAAGAGCCCCUUUUCUUUCUCAUUAGCUUGAAUAUAGCAGCUCCUUGUCCCUCCUGUCUAUUUUUAAGCAAAAAUUUGGCUUCUAAUUUAGAUGCUGAGUUCCAUUUCCUCUUUGAGCUCUUGAAAUAAUUAGCUAUACAAUAAACUAUUUCUUGCCUAAUUGUUGGGUCAGCUCUUGGUGUUUGUUCCAUUCCUUUUCUCCUCUUAGCUGACAAGUUUAUGGAGUGGUUUCUCUAAUUUUGUUGAAAGUUAGUCUUAUAGAUUUUCUCUUAUAUAUUUCAAAUGUACAGUUGAAGUUGCUAUUUGAUCGUAAGGAGGUGUAUAUGAAUUGUUAUAAUAUUGUGAAAUAUAAUUCUUGCAGCCUGCUGCUUGCUUUCCUA